UCUGUGUGUUGAGCCCCGCCCAGGAAGUCGCGCUGCCGCCGAGUUGAGGGUAAAAAAUUAUUAAAAGUGCGGAUUAACGCUGGAGAGCCGGGGCGAGUGGGCCGGGAGCGGGCUUAGCGGCGUGUUUGCGGGCUGUGAGAGACGGAAGGCGGUGAGGAGCGGGCUGGGUGAAGGCGCUGUGAGGGUGAAGGCGCUGUUGGCCGCGGCGCCUCAGGCUUUAGCCAGUUAGCACAGCAACAGGUCGCUCGCGGGACGGGACAGCACUGCACUGCACCGCCACUCAUGGACCAUUAACUGCUUUAUUUAUCAGUUUUAUUUAUCUGUUUGUUUGUUUGUGUCUGUUUGCUUUCCGGAUCAUUUAAAUAUGACGCCUGAUCUGUUGAACUUUAAGAAGGGAUGGAUGUCCAAACUGGAUGAAAGUGGAGAGUGGAAGAAGCACUGGUUCGUGCUGACGGAUGCUGGACUGAAAUACUACAGAGACUCUGGAGCUGAGGAGAAAGAUGAGUUGGAUGGAGAGGUUGAUCUCUGCUCCUGUUUGAAAGUGUCUGAGUUUGAUGUGGAGAAAAACUACGGCUUUCAGAUACAGACGGCGAGUGGCGUGUUCACUCUCUCGGCGAUGACUGCAGGAAUCAGGAGAAACUGGAUUGAGGUUUUGAGGAAAAACAUCCGCCCGAGCAGCACGCCGGAUCUUACACAGUUCCCAGACAGCACUCCUGAUAAAGAGGACUCUCGCCGCCUGGCGUCUCGCCGCCAGUCAGAAACCUCCUCCGCUCCUGCCCCCACCCAGCGCAAAUUUGACUACGUCGAGCUCUCUCCUGUAGCCACACCCAUUCUUUCUGCACCAGCCAAUCAGAGAGAGGCAGGAGAAGGGCAGGUGCGUGAGCACGGUCAGGAGGAAAAGAGCCGGAACGUUCAGCGGGAGCCGUUGAUAUCACGCAGGUGGCCGGGGAAAACUCCAGAGCAGAAGCGUUUGGAGGAGGAGAUCGAGAGGAAGUGGGAGGAGUUUGAGCACCUGCCUGUCAAACCAGUGGUGUCCCUUUCUGCGUUGGGAUCGCUGCAGAGGGAGGUGGCAUCUCUGACACAGCAGGUGGAGUGUGUGCGGGGUGAAGGGGGUGUGUGUGAGGGUGGGGGGUGUGUGUGUCGGUGUUGCAGUGUGAGUUUGGAGCAGAUGGAGCGUGCUCACAAACACGCACUGGAGGAACUGCAGAGGAAACACCAGCGUCAGACUGCAGAAAUGGAGAAAGAGAGAGAGAGACUGCUGAACGAGGAGAUUCAAGCCACGGCUCGCGCAAUGGAGGCUCUGAGAAAGGCUCAUAAAGAAGAACUGGAGAGAGAGGUCCAGAAAGCUAAACACCUUCCAACACAAACAGGAGGCACACGCUCUGUCCGAGAGCAGCAACAGCAGGAGCUCCUGUCUCUGAGGAGGGAGCUGGAUGGUCUAUCAGACCGUUACUCUCAGAAAUGCCUGGAACUGAACAGAGAACAACAAAACAAUGGAGAGAAAGAACGACAGAUCAGCAUGAAGGAGAGAGAGAUGGAGCAACUUCGCAGACAAAACCAGGAUCUUCAGUCACGUUUAACAGAGGAGAUCCGGCGCAUGCGCUCAUUGGUCACAGGUCAGAGGUCAGAGGAGGUCAUCCUCGAGAGCAACAAGGGGAGAUCUGUGUGUGAACUGGAGGUGUUGCUGAGAGUGAAGCACAACGAGGUGGAGUACUUGCACAAAGAGAUCAUGUGCUUAAGGAACGAAGUACAGUUUCUCAACACGGAGAAGCAGAGUGUGUGCGCACAGUAUCAGGAUGUGUGUGAGGAGCUGAAGGUGAUGAAGCAGAGGAGUGAACGAGAGGUUCAGACACUUCGAGAACAUCUGAGACUCGCCAUCGCCGCCCUGCAGGAGGAGCGGGGACUGCACAACAGCAUCUAACACCCCACACGCACACCCACACACACCCACACACAUGUAUGUGAUCUACAGUGCACCUCAGACAACUUAAUGUAGCUCAUUGUGUAAAUCCUUGCAUUGAUGUAUAAAGUGUGUGUUUCAGAUGAAAGGGAGGAGUCAGCAGGACCGUGUGCCUUUUAUUUCAACCGCGUCAGCCAAUCAGGAGCAGCAGUCUGGGUCAGCUGACCAGUUAUGAUACACUGGAUGGCUAAAAUCUGCUGUGUGUGUGCGCGUGUUACAAUCAUGAAUCUAAAAACUGGACUAAUGUGGAAUAUUUUCUCUCUGGGAAAACACGCGUGUAGAGGUUGGAGGCGUGUCUCUAAUGUACCUGAAGAGGCUCUGCAUGUGUCUCUCACACCCUCGUCCCCCUCCCCUAAAUCACAGGGGAGGAAACACUCCGGCCGUCUCCCAAACCUCGCACCCCGCACUCACUAGGUGGACAUGAGCAUGUAAAGGAUGGCCUGGAUUGAUCAACACGCACACACUUUCUGAUCCCAGGCAUCCUGGAAGGGUUCUGCAACACUCACUGUGAGUUCUAGAAUGCCAAACCUGGACGUGGUCAAGAGGGAAGGGUUCUAGAUCUGCAGACCAGAUAUAUCUGAAAGGGUUGUGGACUGCUGAGCUAGGCAGAUGUCUUGAAUGCUAAACCUGGAAGGGUUCUAGAGUUGUUGAACUAGAAGGCUUUCAGAAUGUCUUGACUGGCAAGGGUUCUUGAGUUCUAGAAUAUACACCCAGCAGGGUUGUGGAUCGCUUGAAAAGAAUUCAAACCUGGAAAUGUUCUAGAGUGAUCAAAAUUGAAGGUUUCUAGAUAUCCAGUCUGAAAGGGUGCUGGACUAGAAGGUGGAAGAGUUCUGGAACUAGAAGGUUUAUUGAGGGUUUUGACUGGGAGGGGUUACAGAAUACACACCCAGGAAAGGUGUAUGAUUUGGUCAGAUAGUUAAAGGUUCUAGAACGAUAAACGUGGAAGAGUUGUCGCCUGCUCAACCUUUAUAAGUAUGCAAGUGUUAAACCAGGAAGUAUUCAAAACAAAUAGUUCCAGAAUGUUCCACCAGUCAGAUUUGCAGACGGCUGAAUCAGGCAGAGAGAUUUAAUGUCCUCAGGCUGCAUAGGUUCUUGAGUAACACAAUCAGGUUGGGUUGUGGACUGCACAACUGUGUGAACUUGUAGAAUAUUAAACAGUGCUGGAAGGGUUCGAAACCACACGUCCAGGGAGGGUUGGAGCCUGCUCAGCCAAGUCGAGUUCUGUAAUGUUAAACCCAGUUGGGUUCAAGAGUGCUCCGACUGGAAGGAUACUGGCAUAUUCCACCAGGAAAGGCUGUAGCCUUCUCAACGAGGUUCUGAAAUCUCAGGAUUCAGUGGGAGACUGUUGAGCAAAAUCCUGAUGCGUUGGCUUUGAAGACGCGUAGAGUGUCCGAGAGAAGAAUGUGCUGUAGAUAAUAAAUACAACAUUAAGUGCAUAGGUUUACUUUCACUGGUUCCUGAUUUUCAAACAAUCUGUAUAAACCCGAGAGAACUCCAGAGUGCUCUGGCUUCAUGGGUUCUAGAAUAUUCAGUCAGGAAAGCACUGCUCCAGUAAGGUAGACUUCUGCAGUGCUCGUGCUGGAAGGGUUCUGGAAUAAUCCAUUAGGGUCAUGGACUGCUUGGUGAGUUGAGCCACUGGAAUGUUCAACCUGGAAGGGUUCUGGAAUAAUCCACCAGGCGUGUACACUGCUGUACCAGACACCUAUCUGGAAUAGUUUUGUAUUAAUCCUCAACCGGAUCACAGUGGAACAUUAGUUUUAGGUGGAGAGUGAUCCCUUGCUCUGGUUGAUGGUUCUCACAGCUUCACUGACUACUUUGUAAAAGAAACUGUUGUCUUACUGUAGCAGUGCAUUGUGGGUAAAGCUGAUGGAGUAAUAAAACAGGAGGUGUUAGUGUUUGGAAGGGUAUCAGGACGAGGCCCCAGGGAGUGAGCAGUGUUUACGGGGUGCGUUAGAGAGGCGGGUUCUGUACGUACACGCCCUCUCUGUGUUGCGAUGGAGUUGCUGAUGUGAGGUCUGUGUUGAGCAGCAGAGAAACCUGCAGUGCCACGCGGAGAACACACCAAAACUUUGCUUCAAUGAGCCAAAUGACUUUAGUUACUUCAUGUUCUUUUGUAAGCUAAAACUGGACACCUUUUCUUUAUGAAAAUUUGUUUUUAUAUAUAUUUAAAGCAGAAUCUGUAAAAUAAUGUUUCAUAGUUAAUGUCAAUAAAGUAAUCGCUGUGUUUUACCUCAAA